CUCAUGACUUUUCAGAUCCUUCCAAUUAAAGGCUUCCUCUGUGACAGAUCCCCUUGCACAGACCCUCCACCUGGUGUUGAGUGAUGCCCAGUGAAUAAUAUCUGCCCCCCUGCUCUGCCCCCUUCAUCUGAACACACAAUAUACAACAAGUGAUUGUGCAAAAACGUGUCAUGCCACUUUGAAUACUGACGUACCUUUCCUGGACAGAUCCUCCCACCUCACCCAUUUAGUCCCACCUGUGCACCCCGCCGAGAGUCCCAAAUCAAGGCCAGAGGAGCGGAGAGGAUGGGGAGCAUGGGGACAGAGAUAGUGGCUUUUCUCUUGACUAUUUCAGGCUGGAUUCUGGUGUCAUCCACGCUUCCCACUGACUACUGGAAGGUGUCAUCCGUAGAUGGGACAGUCAUCACCACAGCAACAUUUUGGUCAAAUUUGUGGAAGACCUGCGUCACCGACUCCACUGGAGUCUCCAACUGCAAGGACUUUCCCUCGAUGCUGGCUCUGGAUGCUUACAUUCAGGUUUGCAGGGGUCUCAUGAUAGCAGCAGUGUGUCUGGGGUUUUUCGGAGCUAUCCUCGCUCUGGUGGGAAUGAAGUGCACCAAAAUCGGGGGCUCAGACACCAUUAAAGCUCGCCUGACUGUCCUGUCCGGUUUUCACUUCAUACUAUGUGGGCUGUGUUGUAUGACUGCCUGCUCCAUAUACGCUCGCCGAAUCACCACAGACUUCUUUGACCCCCUUUUUGUAGCCCAGAAAUUUGAGCUGGGGGCUGCUUUGUUCAUCGGCUGGUCGGGUUCAGUUUUAUGUAUUAUUGGAGGAUUCGUAUUCUUUCUGUCGCUGUCUGAUGGAUUCAGUUUGAGGCAACAUUCAUACAGAGGAGCAGCAUCUUUUGAGACAUCACGGCACUACCCCAGUAAAGCAGCAGGCAGCAGUCAGCACAAGGACACACACGAGCAGAGACAGUUUGGGAGAAACGCAUACGUGUGA